AUGUCCCAGCUGCCUAUUCUGUCCUCGUCCUCAGUUGGAUCGUACGACCAACAACAAUACCAACAACAAAGUACGCAGCAACAACUGUUCCCCGAUGAAGACAUCUUCAACAACAACUUCUACGAGUUUGAUCCACAACAACAUGUUGUUGGAGAGGAUGUCAACUCAAACCUGCACCUACAUGUUGAUGAUCAUACCGACCCGUACCUUUCCAACGGAUACCAAGCUGGAGAUGAUGUUAGCCAAUUCUACUCUACUGCUGGUGAUUGGCACCCAGUGAACCACACCGUUACCAAUCAGGAACAAAGUGUGUCAUAUCAACCGCCUGAGACGCCGCAGUCCUGCUAUACCCCUCAACAGCCUCCCCAGACUCCCCAGACUCCUCAGACUCCUGAUCCGCCCCAACAGCAGUACCUGUCCAACUACUAUCCGUUUCAGUCCGAGACAGGUAUAAACUUUAUACCUCAACAUCAGACCCAAAUGCCUCAACAACCAAUGAUGCCGUCGCACAUAUCAACCCAGGAGCUUAAUUCGCAACUGGUGUCACCGAUGUGUCCACAGCCAUUGGCGCAUUUGUCGUCGCAAAUGACUCAACCUUCGUCAUUGUCGCCCUUGUCGCCACUGUCGCAACCGUUGACUAAUCAACAUAGUCAACUGUUAGCUUCGCCGCUCCAACAGCCUCAACAGCCAUUUUUGAAUCAACUGCCACAACAAAUGUGCCAACCGCCGUGGACACAUCUGUCACACCAGGUGCCAACUUCGCCCCUGCCUUGCUAUGAGCAACAACAUCCUUCGUUGUCGAUGCCCCAUGUACAACCAACCAUCACCAUUCCGCUUGAGUAUUUUAAUAAUCUCAUGCGCCAACAACAAUCAUCAUCAUUAUUGUCAUCGCCGCCACAACAACAACAUAACACUCCACAGUCGACCGAUUGCCCCAUCUACACUGCCAACCCCUUUGCCCAACUUGGUCAUCCGAGCCUGCUAUCUCAGGGUGUUGUCGAACAACAGGCACCCCUGCAGCAACAACUGUGCACCUACAGCCAGUUACCUGAUGCCUGCGCCUCCCCUGCUCCUUCAGACUCGUCCGAGCUCACCUCUGAUAGUUUCUCGAGUGAUAGCUACCCUGAGAUUGCUCCACCUUCCCCGCCUCCCUUAAAGAAGGCAAAGGGUGAGGGCAAGUACCUCUCCAGGGAGCAUCAAAAGAUGAGACAGACAGAUGCUGCCCUUGUCCUGGGAAUCUCCAGCUCCUUCCUCAGUAAGCUCCGUUCACGAGCUUUAGAGGACAGUGGAUUGAAUCCUGAAGACCAUCCUUGGCCACAUCGUCUAUACGUGUCGCUCAAGAAGAAGCUAAGGACUUCCAAACGCAACAGGGAGAAAUGCAUCCAGAGAGGAACCAACAAAUCCCAAAAUGAUGCAGCCAUUGCCAAAAUCAAGAAAGAUAUUGACCUUAUGCUGACUCCCAUGUGGAUCUAG